UUUCAUACACUGUCCUUAAUUGAAUUGCCAGAGAAUUUUCUUUCGGCGAUCAAAUCAAGAGUGUUAGGAAAAUUGAUGAUUUAGUGUUAUUUGUUGAAGAAAGAUUUUAGCUCAGAAUCGCAGCUUGAUCAUUAAUCUCGCAAUUGUAUGAAAAAACAAUCAUCAGAAAAAAUGGAUUUACCACCAGCGGAAGAUUUGAACGGAAUAAUUUCUGGUGAAAACCCACCAGUUGGUCAGCCAACGGGCCAACCAAAACGUCAGUCGCGUGGUGUGAAAAAAUCCAACGUAGGAACUCAAGAUGCUCUUCCAAUCGAAGAAGCUCUCAAAACGGAACUAACGGGGUCCAACAAUAUGAAGACACCGAUAUCGCUGUUACAGGAACUACUGAGUCGUCGGGGAAUCACACCACAGUACGACUUAAUGCAGGUAGAGGGAGCGGUUCAUGAACCCACGUUCCGUUAUCGAGUGUCUUAUCAGGAUAAAGAUGCUAUGGGCACCGGAAAGUCGAAGAAAGAAGCAAAACAUGCCGCUGCGAAGGCAUUAAUUGACAAAUUGACCGGAAUAUCACUCAGUGAUCCGCCGGUAGGAAGUUUGAACGUCAAAACAUUGGAGCAAACCGUCGACGGCGACGAGGAACCGACUGGUAAUCCCAUCGGGUGGCUUCAGGAAAUGUGCAUGGCACGGCGUUGGCCACCACCAACCUACGAAACGGAAAUGGAAGUUGGUCUGCCGCACGAACGGCAGUUUACUAUUGCCUGUUCGGUAUUGAAGUACCGCGAGGUAGGCAAAGGUAAAAGCAAGAAAAUCGCCAAACGACAGGCUGCCCAGCGAAUGUGGCAAAGACUGCAGGAUCAACCGUUGGAGCCCAACCAAAUCGUGCAAAUGCUUGACGAGGAAGGCAACGAGGAGCUGAAGGCCGCAACUAUUUCCGGACGGUAUGCCGGAUUGAAAGACGCUCGAAUACCCAGUCUGACUACGGGACACGGUCAGAAGGUUUCGCAGUUUCACAAGGGCUUGAAGGCGCGCAGUGGUGAAACUUUGCGCCAACUGCAGACCACUUGUCUAAAUGAUAAAAACGUCGAUUUCGUACAGAUGCUUCAUGACAUUGCUUCCGAGCAGCGGUUCGAGGUGACCUACGUAGAUAUCGACGAGAAAACGAUGAGCGGUCGCUUUCAGUGCUUGGUGCAACUGUCCACGCUACCGGUUGCGGUGUGCCAUGGUAGCGGUGCCACGGCUAAGGAGGCUCAAUCGGCAGCUGCGCGCAACUCACUGGAGUAUCUCAAGAUAAUGACCAAGACCUAAGUAUGUGUGUGUGAUGGCUAAAUGUUCCAAGUGUUCGGUCGAUGAUGUUGCUGUCGGUAUUAUAGUGGUAGUCAGCAGGAGUCACAACAAAAACUAGAUACUCUGCGACAGUGUUCAAUCCCUCUGUUUAUUCCUAGAUCAAAUUCUAAAAGUCAAUAUUGUAUGCAGUGUGGACACGAUGGGCAGCCAUCAUCGACACAUGUUUGAGCCACGGAAAUGUUUGGGAGCUUGCUGGUGUCAGCUGGCGAAUGUCCCCGCACGACGCACACGUUGAAAGUGCUAGAUCAACUGACACGCCAUCUAACGGCGUCAAUAUUUUUUAAACACAUUUUUACUUUGUGUAUUUGUCGAAACAAUUCUCAUAAAUUGAGUUUUUUAUUUGGAAUUUUUGUAAUCUUCGAUUUGCAUAUGUACGGCUGAACGUAUUCAGCAAAUAGUGUGAUUGUUGUGUUUCUACAUUAUUUUUAUUUGUUUGAACGAUUUUUUUUUCAAUUAUAUACACUUUAGAGGUUAAGACUUGUUUCAAUUGGCUCCAGUUCUUUUUUUUCAAUGGUAUUACGUAGACUCAAACUAAUGUUUGCUGACACUAAUUAACUAAAUACAUAAAUAACUAGUAUCGCUAUCAAGUAUUUAAAUAUUAAACGCAAGUUUGAAUUAUACUUAGCUAUACGCAAAAAGGCAUUGCGUUUGUCAUUGCAUUGGAUAUUCUUCUUCUGCAAUUAUUAUUAAAAUCUUAAUCUAUAAUUGAAUGGUAUAACACAAUUAAAUUGAAUCACGACAGAAUGAGUAGUCCGGAACUGACGAGACAUUCGAGUUAUUUAUGUGUAUAGUAUAAUAGAAACCCGCAUGAAAAUAUACACAGAAUAAUAUGAUCAAGCAAAGAAAAAUGAUUAGAAGACAACAACAAAAUUUAACUGAAAUUAUUUCAUCUCAAAUAUCGGAAGCAAAAAUGUGUACGUAUUGAAGCCAACAUACAAAUGUGUAUGCGAAGUCCCUUCCUACUAGCAAGAAGUGGAACAUGGAUGCAGUCCUUGCAUGCAUCAAUAUACAAGCUAUACUUUGCAUAGAAUUAGUGGGUUUUAUUUUCCAAAAAAAUACAACAUACACGUUUAUCUAAUCGUCUAUUACGCAACUAACUUAACAACAUUCUUAUCUGUCGUUUGAAAUCUUAUAAUGGUAGUGUAAUUGGUUUAAUUUUAUCAUUGGAAAUUUAUUUUUAAUACACUCACAUGUACACGCUUUUUCAUAUGAUUGAACAAUGAACAUGAAUGUAUUUGCUGUCCUUAAUCCAAUUUUUAGAUCGAGCAAAAUUAAGAGAAACACAUACUACAUACAGUCAAUCACGAUAUAUUUAUUACAAUUAAUGGGAUUUUGUCAAGCAUCUAAUCAAGCAAAAUAAUAAACGAAGCAAGCAAAAAGCAAACAUGAAGGAUAAAAGUCCCAUAUUUGAAGGAAAAUGGGCAUUAUUUUAAUGCAAAGUAUAGAGGUUGUAAUGAGUGAAUCCAAUAAAAAAAUACGAGAAAUCAUUCACAAUACGAAA